GUUUGAAGGUAAACCGAAUAGGGCGACCACCAUAACAGUUUUCCAUCUCUACAGAGGAGGUGGGUGUUUUUUGGCAUGUGGAAACGAGGAUGUAUGGACGGGUUCACGUCUGGCUUGCACGAGGGGCUGGACGUAGUCCCACAACACCUCUCAAGUGUGUGAAUGAGAAGGAGCGAGGACAGGAAGAGAGCACGGGCUCCACCACUGAGGUGCUGACAAAGGGAAAGGAGAAUCACCGGAGGCUCCAUCUGCUGAGCGCCCACCAUGGUCUCUGCAGCCUGCCUGGGAAGGAAAGUUAGUGGGUCUCGACCACUCUGCCAUGGGGGUCUCACAGCGGUAGACCACCAAGUGGCACGUCAGACGUCACAGACCAGCUGGCCAGGCUCUUUAAACUACUGUGGCUACAGAACCUGCCCCCGGGCCAACCUACCUGAGACAUUCCUGGGAUUAUUUUGCCAGAACAACACGGACUGAACGGGCGGAAUAUGAUGUGGAUGCUGCCCACCCCCCACCACCACUACCACACCCCCACGCCCAGUUGGGAUUCCAGAGGAGACAGACCUCUUGACCUUCGGCCGUGGGUCCUUACCCUGAUUGGCUGAGCGGCAAGGCGGAAGUGCUCCUGACAGGGAAAACAAAACAAGAAGAGCUGUGCGGUCUCCUGCAUUGUAAUGGAUGAGCUGGUGCAGGACCUGGUGUCUGCCCUGGAGCACACCUCAGAACAAAGUAAGCUCGGGGAGCUGUGGGAGGAAAUGGUUCUGAGUCCACUUCACCGGCGUCGGCAGGUGCGUCGUCGAAGAGUCCAGAAACACCGUUUUGAACCUUCGGUCCGUGCCCUUGAGCAGCGAAGACACCUCUGGAUAGAAGCAUCAGAAUCCAGUUUAGAUGAAACUUCUCAAAACUCCUCUCGGAACUCUCCGCCUGCUUUGACAACGUCUGCAGCCAAUUGCAGCAACUCUGAUGACAUGUCCAACACUAACCAUUGGCACUCCCUUGUGACCCGCUCGACCAGGACCGGGCAGCCCUCCUGGCCUGAGUCAGACUCCUUAUCUGAGAAUAAUCUAGGCCGUCCGCUCAAGAGGAAGAGGAGGAUUAAGCGUAUGAACCCUCACAUCCGAGUCAGAUUGCAGCAUAAAUUAAAGGUUUCUGCCAUUGAAAGGAAACUGAGGCCCAGGCCAUCCAGGAUGCAGCAUCUCUCAAGACUCAAGAACAGCGCCGGCGGUUGGGUCGGACGAGACAGGCAGUCUGAUGGGGUCAGCCUGAUGGGAAAGCAGCGCUGGAAUAGAAAGAUCACUUUGGAACACCAAGAUGCUGCAGAGGAGAAUAUGUCUGAGGGUGAAAGCAGCAGUACCUGCAGCAGCGACCCUGGCCUUUUCACCAACGAUGAAGGGAGGCAAGGUGAUGAUGAGCAGAGUGACUGGUUCUUUGAGGGCGAUUGUGGAAUCGGGUCCAGCGUGGCUAACUUGCUGCCCAACUGGGACUCAGACAAUCAGAAUUCCAGAGAUGACAUCCGCCCAUCACCCACCUGUCUGCCGUCUCUGAGAGGCUAUUGUUCACAUUUAAAAUGUUUGCCUUCUGCUGCUUCCUACAUCAGGACCAAUAGGAAAGGUUUCUCCAGCAAGGUGUGUAUUUUCAAUGCUCCUCGUUUGGUCUUUCAUAAUGCACAAUUUGUAUUUGUUUUGCAGGGUAAUACUACACCAGAGUUUGUGGAAAGACUGAGGCACCUUUCUCAUGAUCGACAUUACAAACAAAACACCAGCCUGGAGGGUAGCUGUGCAUCGUCAUGAGCAGAGGAAACACAAUACAGUGUCCGUCCUACCACCAGCUUGUAAGGAUCACCAGAGAGGAAAAGGACCAAGGAGCCAGUAAGAUCUCACCCCGAGAGGCAGUAGAGUUCUCGGGUGAAACCCUUCUAUCUUUCCCUCAGACGACCAAGGAGGACCCCUGAUGCCACAAGCCAGUCCUGGAAUCACACGGAAAAAAGCCAUACUUGAGCGAAUACGAAGACCUUUGCAGCACAAACUUCACGACAACGAAGAAAUUCAAAUCACAUAAUUGCAUUUGUAAUCAGUCACUUCCAAGUCUAUUAAGCACGAGUGAUGUAAGUGCAAUCAGGCGGCCUGCUAAAGUGGACAGCCUCCUCGUCGGACUGAAGAGUUUGUGGCUCCUCCUGGUUCUCCACACACUGAGACCACAUGCUAACACGCAUUCCUACAAUCAUGUCCCUUCUUGUAUCAGCAUUUGUCAGCAGGGCGCUUUUCUGGAUGGCCUGUUGAACCUUGGGUGGCUUGACUUUCGCCCUUCAGAGUGUUACCGAAGAGUUUAGCGAAGCCAGAGCAAACGUGUAGGCUCCCUAUUAGACCCUAAAAGCGUUUUUUUUUUUUUUUUUUUUUUUUUUUUUUUUUACAAAGCUGCUCAUUAGCACAACACAGAGGGAAUGUAGUUACGGUCCUCGGAGGGCCUACCUCUGUUCUCCUCAGCCUACCUUCCAUAUUCAAAUGUCCCCAAACGUGUUUAAGUUCAAGGCCAGCCGCAACUCGUGUUUGAACAGCCUGUUUUCCAGCAGUGCUGGAUUAGUUGCUUCUGGAGCUGUGCAGUUGGCAAAGCAGCCAAAAAGGAAGAGAGGGAAAUUUCCACAAAGGGUAUCGUUUCCUUGUUUCCCUCGGCACUGGAUGCAUUAAAGGAUCAAUGUGAGCGUCCGCGGAGAUGAGACACACGCUGAGCAUCUCUACCAGGAUGGUAAACAAGCACGAUGCGCAGGAAAAUAUACAGUAUAUACACAGCAGUCCAAUAUUUAUACUUAUGGGCUAAGUUGUAAAGAUGGAACAAGGCUUCACUGAUUGGUCAAACAAUGUUAAGUGGUGUGAUGCACGGGAUUGGGUCCACCAGGAUGACAAAAUAUUUUAACAUUAAUUUGAAGAAAAGUACAAUGAAAAGAUAUGACUGGGCAGACACACUUUUUUAUUUAACCGCAUCACAAAACAAUGCAGGUGCAUUUUGAAAUGUUUAUUGUCCAACAAAUUAGCGCUAAAUGAUAUUAUUGUGGCAGCACGGCGGUCUAGUGGUUAGCACGCAGACCUCACAGUUAGGAGACCAGGGUUCAAUUCCACCCUCGGCCAUCUCUGUGUGGAGUUUGCAUGUUCUCCCCCGUGCAUGCAUGGGUACUCCGGUUUCCUCCCACAUUCCAAAAACAUGCUAGGUUAAUUGGCAACUCCAAAUUGGCUGGCGACCAGUCCAGGGUGUACCCCGCCUCUCGCCCGAAGACAGCUGGGAUAGGCUCCUGCACCCCCGCGACCCUCGUGAGGAAAAAGCGGUAGAAAAUGAAUGAAUGAUAUUAUUGUCAACAUUUUUUAGACCAAAUAAACCACGGAAUUGCAACUUGCUUCCAUUUUCUCACAGGCAAUUUGUGUUGGCUGUCAAACCUUUGCAGCAUUUCUUGAAAUGCUGAGUUUCUUUUGCGAUGACUAUCUGUGAACGUCAUCGCCUUUUAUGUCACUACCACUUUCGAAUAAAUUGGCAUACUGGUUUAUUCGUCUUAGUGGACCCGCCUUGCUCAUUAACAUCCCCAUACGGGUGCUGUGGCAUUUGGCUUUGCAAGCAUCUUUUUUUCCUCCUAAUUUCUACAACAUUACCUUGCAUCGCGCCUCACGAGGCUUCACUCCUUUGCUGUGUGUGUAUGCUAGUGACCCCGCCUGCUGCGGACAAUAUGACUGACAAGAGGUCUCACUCUGUUUGCUGUUGUAUGGAACGCUGUUCUUCUAUGAAGCAUCUGGGUGCUGAACACAGAGUAAAUCCUUCCUGGUGAGAGACGGAAAAUAGACGGGUAUGCACAUGGCAAUAGAUGAAGGCCGGCAAAAAACUAGUUCAUUUUUAUCUAUGAUUAUUAUGGCAGUUUUAAUCUGAACGAGAAAUCUCGUAACACAUGUAAUGUUAAGUCAAAACAAACGAUUGUGUUAGCAUGCUUCUUCCAGUCAGUCGCCUAUGACCAAGCACCAUGACUGGGAGUCACUGUCAGAUUGAUAUGAACAGCACAUCUGAGCUUUGGAAUACAAAUGAGCUUUAGAUGGAUACAUUGAUGGCUGCUUCAAGUUAAGCUGACAAGUAUUGGCUGUUGUAUUUCAAGGAGAGCUUCUCACUGUGUUUGCUGCCAAGACAUCAACGAGGCGGGAAGACACAUCAGUUGAGAUAAAGUUCCAUUUGUAGCAGUACGGGAACAGUGUUAAUUAGCAGUCAAAAAUAACGGCCUCUCAGCCCCAAAAUGAAUUUCCACGGACCAGAAAGUGGGGAAAUAGCUUCCAUGAAGCCUGUCAAUUGCCCUGUUACAGUUAAGGAAUUCAGCAGGCUGGUACGGUUCAUAUUUCAUCCCAGGUAAAGAUUACCUGUCAGGCCCAUGGGAGAUGUAUUGAUCUGUUUUCCUUUUUCCGCCAGCAAUCACCUGACAAAGGCACCUAGGAGGCGAGUGAAUGAGUGAUGUCUGCUGUGUCUCCUCCGCCACCACCGUGGCUUCUUGCAUCCACCGGUGGGUGCAGGGGCCAAGAGGAGGAGGAGGAGAAAUCACGCUGUUAUAAACUCUGUUUGAACCCCCACGGUACGCAUGAGGGGCAGCCACUUUGCCCUAGCCCGGGUCGCAGGUCAGUGCAGGAAUUUACUUUUUUUUCUUUUUUUUUGACUUCUUUCUUGUCUUUGGCGUUUGUUCGGUGGUGUAAAGCGUUGUGAUGCUAGAAGCGCAUGCAAAAUGAGAGCCUCUAGUUCCUGCUGACAAAUGCAUGUUGGGGGGUCACUUAGUUCAAGUCACUUUGGGUUUCAAAGCAUCAGGCGCCUUUCUUGCGCUGAGAUGCUACACAUGGCGGUCUCUGGAGUUGCCUGUGGCUGCUGGAGUGAUGCUGCUGCUCCACGGCAAAGAUCAAUAUACUUUACAUUAUCUUGUAGUUUCUUGGCAGCUGAAACUACUUAUAUAUUUGCCUUGUUCAAUGCAACGUCUUGCGUCAAUAUCAAACAUGGCUGUAGAAAUGUGAGGUAUUAAUGAGGUCUUGUCCAAUAAUGAGGAUUAAAUGUAAGGACUCGAUGUAAAUGUCAUGUGCCCCCUUUUUUUUAACAUUUUAAUUUAACAGGAUUGAAAUAUAUCUCACUGAUAGCAGGGCUCUUAUGCAGCUACCCCAAUUUGAUAUGGAGUGCAAAUAGAAUCUUAUCUCAUAAGGUCUUAUCAUUAUAUUUAAUAGUAGUAAAGGAAUGCCUAAUUGCUUUGCAAAUGAUCUACACAGAACGAUACAUGGCUCGAUUGUCACACUCGAGGUAGUCCAACUUCCAUUCUGUGGUAUUUUGUAUAUGAGUGGGUUCAAAAGUGACACAUUUGAUGUACGUGUUUACUUUUGUCUAAAUAAAAAAUUAACAAAAAAAAACCAACCAAAAUUUGGAAUCAAUCGCAAAUUCUGCAUAACACCUCCAGCCAUAAAAAUAAAUGAAGCCACUCAGAUGGUCCACGCUUUUCACUCUGGGCCGCAUCAGCCCCCCCCCCAAAAAAAACGCAUUUAUUAAAAACAGAAAAAUGAAUAAACUUUUUCAGUGCUUUGGUUCCGAUUUUCUACAAUAAAAGCUCUGAUAAAACAUUCCACUGUUCUGAAAUAUCUUACUUUUUAUUUUUCUGCAUAAAAUAAGAUGAAAAAUAAAUAAACAAAUCAAGAAUUUAAAAAAUCAAUCAGUAAUAAAUAAAUAUAAUAAUAAUAAAUUAUAAUUAUAAAACGGCACACAAUAAAACAUUAACAUUAACAUAACAUUAUUUAACAUAACACUAACAUUAAACUUUCAUAUCAAGGCGGGGGCCUCAAAGUAGUGUCCUGCGGGCCACGUUUGGCCCGUGGGCCGCAUGUUUGAGACCCCUGGUGUAAAGAGUGCCCUGCUUUUGACGCGCCACGCCCGCCCUCUUCCAUCCAGUCAGGUUAGUAAAACAAUAAUUCAAUCAUUCCACUGUUCUGAAAUAUCUUACUUUUUAUUUUUCUGCAUAAAAUAAGAUGAAAAAUAAAUAAACAAAUCAAGAAUUUAAAAAAUCAAUCAGUAAUAAAUAAAUAUAAUAAUAAUAAAUUAUAAUUAUAAAACGGCACACAAUAAAACAUUAACAUUAACAUAACAUUAUUUAACAUAACACUAACAUUAAACUUUCAUAUCAAGGCGGGGGCCUCAAAGUAGUGUCCUGCGGGCCACGUUUGGCCCGUGGGCCGCAUGUUUGAGACCCCUGGUGUACAGAGUGCCCUGCUUUUGACGCGCCACGCCCGCCCUCUUCCAUCCAGUCAGGUUAGUAAAACAAUAAAUGAUGUUGAUUUUAUGCCAACACUGAAGCAGUAAACAAAUGAUGCUUUAUACUGUGAAUAUCCAGCUAAUAUAAUAUGUGUACUUUUUCAUAGACAAAGAGAUCCAGGUUUUUGGAGGUAUGGCUGCAGAGGACUUGAUAGAGGAAAUAGUCCCCUUGACUGAUGGAGAUUAUCAGUACAUCCCCCUACUGUUCACCGCACAGCUGAAGAUGUUUGUCGCCUUGUGGGGGAAACCUGAUGCGGCCCAGCCUUGCCCAGACCCUAGCUCCAGUGGCCCCCAGAUAAUUCAGUCAACAUGCUUUGAACUGCAGAUAAGGGAGGAAGAGGACGGCCCGAAGGGAUGAGUCCGUGGGACGAGGACAGCAGACUGGAAGGGCAAGACAUGCAGAGGGGAAGCAGGUGUAUGGAAACUGGAGAGGGAUAAGUCAAAUCCGACAGGUGAAAGUGGCCAAUUUACACAACGAUUUUGUGGAUUAGCUCUUAUAAUAGCAGCGUCUAUGCUUUGCUUCGUAGAAUACAAGGUCACAUGAUUCUUACUCUCCAUAGAGUGGCUUUUUGUUUUUUUUCGCCGCAUGCUUUUGCAUACCUUCCAGGUGUUGUGAGGUACAGGAGCCCCAGGACCUUGUGGUUCACAGCGAAGGUCCAUGCUGAAAGCCCCCGGCCCGGCCCAUCAAAGGGCCCAUUGAGGAGCGGGCGCAGGCGAGACAGAGGGCCACAGUGUGGACGCUGGUAAUUUGACACCCUUUGACAGUAGAGCCACACAGCCCACUCACAGUGGCGCUGAUAGAGAUUGGGCUCAUUCACGUCUACUGGCUCAAUGUCGUAGCGGGACACACUGAUUCAACUGAAUUCACUCUCCCUCUUAAAGGGACAGAUGAAGAAAUAAUCCACAGUAAGGAAUUGGGUAGAUAAUAGUCAAUUAAAAAUUGGUUAGAAUUUUGUGUCUUGAAGAAACUGGGACAAAAUUGAGUGCACUUCUCGCUUGCAGCCAGUAGAGGCACUGUUGUUUGACACCAUGUCAACACUAUUUGAAAUUCUCACACCGUAAUUUUGUCCUUAAAAACAAAGCUUUCGGAAAACUUUGGCCAGAGGGGAGAUAUUCCAAAAAUCCGGCUUCAUCGUGUGAAUAAUAAUAACAUAAAAUAAACAUGAAUAUUUAUUAGGGAUGCCCGAUAAUUAUCGGUAUGAUAACUAUUUUUUUUCCCGAUCAUGAUAAUAUGAUAACAUGAUAAGACAAAUGUGUUCAUUCCACCGGAAUGAAUCGUAACAUAUGAGUUGGAAAAUAUCAGUUAAAAAUAGCAGUUUUCAUCAAAAACACCCCCAAUAUUUAUCC